AUGUGCGAUGUGGACCGGGGCGGCUUCUCAAAACAACAUGCGGUGGACAUUCUCGACCGUCAUUGGGCCCACCGCCAGUCAACCUCUGGCUGGCCUAUCGAGAGCCGCGAGAGCGUGUUCGCCCUCUGGUUCUACUGGUUCUCGAAAACCUCGCUGCCCACACACUCGCCCCCCGCCUCAAGUUCACGCCUGGCUCUGUCCGGGCUCUGGGUUGACGCGGACGCCGCUUUCUCUCCCGUGCCCACCCUGAUCCCUCCCUUCCUCCUUCGCUAUCGCUCAUGCGUACGCAAAAAAAAGACCCCCGCGCGAUACGCGCAAGCCUGGUGCGUGUACGCGCUCUACGGUCACGUCCGCGACUCAGAGUCGCCCUUGUCCGCGUCGAGGUCCCGCUGGCGUAUGCUCGUCAGCGCCUGGCGGCAUGCGACAGCGACCGCCCUCCCCACGACCGCCGCCCUCCGCUUCCCACAGCGCGCCGCACACCCGCUCCAUCUCGCGGAUCUGCAUCUGUUCACGCCACAUCCCACUCCCUAUGCCGGAAUAAGCACCAACGCGUUCUGGCCGCCUCGCCGUGCCGCGCUCUCCGCCUUCACCAGCGCAUCCUGGCUGCCGCACCACGCCGCGCUCUCGCCUCCAGCGCCCGCGCAUCCGCCGCCGCCGUAA